CUGCUCCUGUGAAGACCUCAACCUUCAUGAUGGCACGUGCAGCUGUAGUCCGAUCCCCGACAACAGACCGACUUCAUUCCUUGAAUCCCAAGAUAAAAAUUGUUCGAAUUUCAGGAAAGCCGAAAAACUUUACUUACUCGUCAUGGAAGCCGACGAACAAUUCUCCCACCUUAUGGGAGUCGAGAAAUUCUACCCACACGCCAAGGGAGUCCCACGUUUCAGGGAAACCGAAAAGCUAUACCCUCACGUCAAGAGAGCCAACAAAUAGUCCUCAAACGUUAUGGGAACCGAGAAACUCUGCCCACCCACAAUGGGAGUCCCACACCUCAGGAAAACCAAGAAGCUAUACCCUCACGUCAUGGGAGCCGAGUAACUUCACAUCAACGCCAGGGAAGCCACAAAAUUCUACUCACAUGUCAGGGAAGCCGAGAAGUAUCCCUGAUUUAAUUCCCCUUAAAACCCCAACGAAGGAAAGAGACCAACAGAAGGAAGACCGUGCUAGCAUUCAGGAAAUUAGACAUCCAUCUGAGAUAAGAAAUAGUCGUGACAAUUCUGAAAUGCACCAAGAACACAUACACCAAGAAAAGAACGCAGACCAAACACGGAAAGCAAAAGCUAGACUGCAUUUAGUUUAA